AUGGAAAUAAAGGUAAAAUUAAUAAAAAUUUGACACGAGUAACACCGGGCGCAGGACACUUAGUAUAAUAUAUAUAUAUAAAUUAUUACUAAAGAAAUUUCAGUGCCGCAAUCGCGGUAUGAACUAAAGUAAAUGUAUAUAAAUUUAAUAUCUAUUAGAUAUAAAAGCUAAUAAGCUAUUGACAUUUUAACAAUAACAAUAGCCAAUAGAUAAUCAACGGUUAGAUAUAAUACAGUUUGAUACAGUGAUAAUAAUUUAAAAGAGCUAGUGUAAUCCCUGCAAAAACGACAACGAAAACGAGUUGUUUUAACAUAAGCUACAGUGGAAUGGAGUCAUAAGUAGGUGUAGGGAGAGUUACCCAUUUCCGCCAAAAAAGUACUUUUCCCUUUUCCACCAAAUUAAAAAAAUGAAUCUUAUAUUUAAAUAUUAAUGGACCAUUGUAUCAUAAAUUAUUAUUGUAUUAUAAAACAAAUGUAUAACAAUAAUAAUAAUAAUACAAAUAAGCUUAAACUUUUACAAUAAUAAAAACAGUGAUUAUAUUUUUGAUAUUUUUUGUGUAAAUAAUUGUGGUAAGACAAUCAUUAUGAGUAUUAACAACUAUUUUUACCUUGUAUUCAACAAAUAGUAAACAAUUUUUGUCAUACACAAAUAGAAAAACUUAAUAUUUUUUAAUUAAUUUUUUUAUAUAAUUAAUAAUUUUAAUAUAUACAAUACUGUCCAUUAAUAUUCAAAUAUUAAACUAAUUUUUUUCAUUUGGCAAAAACAAGAAUCAGCGGAAAAGGGAAAGGUACGUUUUUGGUGGAACCCGGCCACAUCUGUACUAUGGGGAAUUAUCCGUUUCCGCCAAAAAUAUACCUUUCCCCUUUCCGCCGAUACUCAUUUCCGCCAAAUCACAAAAUUGGUCGAUUCCCUUUUCCGCCAAAUGAAAAAAUUGAGUGCAAUAUUUGAAUAUUAAUGGACGAUUUUAUUCUAAACUUUUAUUAUUAUAUUAUAAAAUAAAUUUUAAAAGAUUCACAAAAAAUAUUGUAAAAAUAUUUUUAAAAAAUUGUUACAGGGAUGAUUAAAUUAAAUUAAAUUAAAAAUAUAAAUGAUAUAAUAUAAAUUCUUAUUUACAAUAAUUUUAAAAUAUUUUUUACAAAGUCGUAUCUGAAAAUUUAAAAGAAUAAACGUAAAUACAAAUUAAUUGAUAUUGAAUUAAAUUAAAUUUUAAUCUAGUUUUUUGUCUAAUUAUUUGUCUAAUUAAAUAUUAUUUUUAUUAAUUGUAAUGUAUAUACAAUGUAUAACUUGUCCAUUAAUAUUCAAAUAUUACACUAAAUUUUUUCAUUUUGCGGAAAAGGGAAAGGUACGAUUUUGGCAGAAACCUGUCUUGUCUGAACUAGGUACUUCAAGCAACGUGCGUCACAUAUAAAUAUUAACAAGAAUUGUCGGCAAAAUAGGAAUCGGUGAGGUGCGAAUGAACAUAUAGACACAGUAUUUUUGGUGGCGACUUUUUUAUUUGCUUAUCUGCCUGUCUAAGGAUCUGCCAUGAUCAAUGUAGAAUCCAGACAAUUUUUCUAGGGGCAACCAAUUGUGACAACCCUUUACCAAGGUGGAUUAAUAUAAAAAUUAAUACACCUUUCCCCAUAUGAAUUGGACAAUGUAUAACGUCGAUCUAUAUAUAACUUUAAUUGAUUAUUUGUUAUUAAUAUUACAUUUUAAAAUAAUUUAAUAAAACACCUUAUGCACUUAUAUGUUAUUUUUAGUAUCUUUUGUCACUUGCAUUAUUAUGGCAAAAAACAUUUUCUCAAAAUGUCUAUGUACCAAUAGAAGAGAAUGAGGUAAGUAUUAGCAAUUUUUGCAUAACUUCACAAUAAUGUACCUACAGUUAUAUUAAAUACAUAAUAAUGUUAUAAUAAAGAAAAUAUUUAUUCACUGUGGUCUUGUCUGUAUGAUAGUUAGCAUAUGAGUUCCAGUACAAUGUCAACGAUCUUACAUCUGGUGUCAUAUCACAUAGAUGGGAAUCUAGGUAUGGCGACUACGUAAGAGGAUCAUACAGCUUUCUGGAACCUAAUGGUAUGAUUAGAAAUGUAUACUAUGAAGUAGAUGGAAGUCAUGGUUAUAGAGCAAUAACAAAAUUAGUAAAACUACCACAACUUUCAAGGUAGGUACCUACUUAUUUUAAUAAAUUUGAUUGAAAAUUAAUUAAAUUAUUUUGAGUCAUAUAAAUUAUCAAAAUUGUUUCUAAAUAACCACCUAUGCAUGUAGUUACUACUCGUCUCUGUUAAAUAUUACCUACUUAUUUGUUAUAAGUUGUAUUAAAAUGUUUUAUCUAAUAAACCCAUUUUAUUAAUUAUUUUAAUAAUUUCAGUUAGGUAAUAAAUAUAAUAUUUUUACUUAAUAUAUUAUCUACUAUCUAAGUGUAUUAGUUUUAAAAUAAUAAAGAAACAGUUGAGUAGAUAUUAAAUAAUGUUGAGAUUACUUACUUACCUGUAUAAGACAAUACACAAAAUAUUUAAUUUAAUAUGAUAUAUGCAUAUGCCAAAAUGUUAUAGCCGUUAUAGAUGAUUCUACAAUUAAUUUAAAUAAUUACCUAUAUUUUAAUAUUUUAUCUUCAUGAUGGAAUAAUAUUAUAAUUUAGAUAGUGAACAAGUUUAUUUAAUUAUGUUAAGUAAUACCUAUAUGGCUAUAUCAUACCUACUAUUUCAUAUAUAUAAGUAAACGAAAUAUUAAAAAAUGUACAAUAUUUUUUAUACCUACAUUGUAUUUAGUAUUACCUACUAAUUAUUUUAAGUGCAUAAUAAAUAUAAAUAAUCAAUAUCUAUAAAUAGAUAUUGAUCGAGAAUUAAGCUGUAAGAUAAGUGAUGAACUAAUCAAAUAAUUUUUAAACUGUCAUUAUGAUCAUACAGUAAAAUGAUAAUACCUACAAUAAAAUCGGGUUUUUUUUUUCAGUGCCUAGAUGUACAAUAUUCACAAGGCUCACAAGAAAAAAAAAUCAAUAUUUAUAUAUUAGUAUAUUUAUUAGAUCAAUUACAUUUUGUAAUACACUUGUUUAAAAUAGCAUAAAUCCUUUAACAUCAAAUUAUAAUAAAUUAAAAUAAAAUAUAAUGUUUCGUAUUUUAUUGUAUUUGGCUGUAGG